UCGUCCGCCAUGUAGGGUGUUGAAAAAUCCUGACCAGCGAAAAACAAAUUUAAGUGAAAAAUCUGCAUUAGUAAAUUUAUUAUUAUGUGACUUUUGGAUUUGGUUUGGAUUCUAAUUCUGUUUCAUGUGAGUAAAUCUACACUAAACUUUGAGAAACGAAUUUUAUAAGCUUUUUGAACUUGCAUUGUACAUGCCAUUGAGUAAAGCUCACCAUGCGUGUGUGUUAUUUGUGGUAAAUCAUCAUGCCAAACAGGAAAAACAAACAUAAACCUAGACAACACCAAGCGAAACGCCCCAGAUCAGAAAUCAGCACUAGCGAAAGUGACAUUAGUAAUACAAUGGCAAAAUCUAACGUUAGUUACAUAGAAGACACUGGCUUUGACCAGGACUUUCAUACAUUGAACACUCUACUUGAGACAUUCUCGAAAGAUGAAAAUACCACUAAAAAAGCUGUGACCAUUAUCCUGAAUCAUGAGUCUUUCAGAUCCCACAUCUCUGACAUAUUAUUAGAGAAAGUUUCAACCCUCGAAAGUCGCAUUGAUUCACUUGAAUAUCAACUAGAUGACUUGGAACAAUACUCGCGACGGAACUGUAUCAAAAUUACGGGUGUUGCUGAGGGUAAGGAAGAGAAUACUGACGAAGUUGCUUUGAACGUCAUCAACAAGCUUAUACUAGGACCCGACAAGACCUCUAUCUCAUUAGAUAAAGUUGAGCGCUCGCAUCGUGUUGGGAAACCCCGGGAUGAUCGUCCGAGGGAUAUCAUAGUGAAAUUUACUUCCUACCGUGACAGAGCUCUUGUAUACGCAAAGAAAAGCAACCUCAAAACGUACAAUCAAAAUGAACUGAAUGCACACAAGAUCUUCAUCAAUGAGUCCCUAACGAGAAAACGCAUGGACCUGCUUGUUGCUACAAAGAAGAUAUUCAAAGAAAAACGCAUCAACUCGGUAUGGACCUAUGAUGGGCGGAUUAUGGCGAAAACCCACACCGGGAAGAAGUGGACUAUCACACGGUCCACAGAUAUCGACAAACUGAAGGAGUUUAUUCGUAGUGAGCGACCACAACCGGUUACGUCCACCCCGGCAGGCAGGUAAACUGUUUUACUUGCGCCCCGCUUUCAUCAUGUGUGUGACUGAUCCUACAUACCGUUGUGCUAUUUUUAGAAUGGGAUUUCCCCCAUACAUUUUGACGUGUUCAUGCGCUAUUCCAGAGAUGCGUUCUAAAUGACUUUCACUGUUAUACGUUAUUAAAUAACUCUUUAUUUUUUUUUUCUGCUGGUUACUCGUAUCUAAAUAUGAGUCUGUAUAUACAAGUAAUCUAUAUCUACAUAUCUUUAUUUGUACUGUUUGCUGUAUUGUAUACUUCAAACACUCAAAGGUCGUCUUUUUUUCUUCAUGUGACGAUUCUUUUUUGGAAUGUUAUUUUUGUGAAAUGCUUUUCGCAAGAAAACCCUAUUCUUGCAUGUAUUUCAAAGUUUACAUGUUAUUUUGUAUAUAUGUUCUGUUUUGACUGUAUUUUCAAUUUCUUUCCGUAUUCUUACGAUCAAUCAAACCGGUUUUCUUUUUAUGUACUUCCACAGCAUAUCCGAUGUAUAGAGAGCUCCUGUCACCCAACUUUUCAUACCUAAGCUAUAUUUUUGAUACACAUGAUUAAGGUAAACUCAACCUAUAUUGAGAUGACAGGGGUUCAUUUUCAUUCUUACUCUAUGAGAAAUUUACACUUCUUCUGCAUUAUUUUUUUGCUCCUCAUGUUAGGUAAUAUUGAAACCAACCCAGGACCAAAUAACAAUACUUCUUUUACGAAACCUCUUAGUAUUGUACAAAAUAAUGUAUGUAGCCUCUUACCCAAGUUAGAUAUUAUUACUGCGGAAUUAUCAAUGUAUGAUAUAAUUACAAUUAGUGAAACCCACCUUGAUGAUUCUAUUAAUAACGAAAGUAUACAGAUAGAUGGCUUUCAUCCACCUAUACGUAAUGAUAGAAAUAGAUAUGGUGGUGGUGUUGCAAUAUAUAUUUCUGACAAAUUAAGUUAUUACGAACGUACUGAUUUAUCAAUGCAAGGGUUAGAAAUUGUUUGGUCAGAAAUUCAGACAAAUAACAAAAAAUUCCUGAUAGGUACAUUAUACAGGCCGCCUUCUUCUUUAGUUAGUUAUUGGGAUUUACUCGCCCGAAACCUUAACAAAGUUCUUGAUCAUAAUCUCCCAACAUUUUUGCUGGGUGAUUUUA